GUGUUUUCCUUGCGGAAGCUCAGCGACCAUGCGAUGGUGGAGCUCAAGCUGGAGCCGCGCUCGGAGGCGCCCAAGGCUGAGCAGGCCAUACCGAAGUUCCUUUUCGAGACGUCCGCCUACCAGAAGCAGAUCGAGAUCCUCCGUGCCGCCUGCGAGCUUGACAGCAUGACGGCCUCUGAGCAGUGGGAGUGCGCCAAGCGGCAGAUGGUGCUGGCAGCCGAGACGACGCGCAACAUUCUGCUCCAGACGUCGAUCGGGGACAACACCGACGACAGCUUGGACGCACAGGCCAUGGCGCAGCGGGCUGUCGCGCGGGCGGUCUGGCGCCAGGAUCGGCGGCUUGCUGGCCGGCUGGUAGCCAACGCCGCCACGGGCCAGCAGCGGCCUUCGAGACCGAG